AUGACUCUUUGUAUCGAAGAACGACGACAUACAGAAAUUCCUCUUUCUUGUAUUUUUAAAAUGAGCAAGCUCGAAACCUCAGUUUCCACAUCAUGUUUCCGUCUUACUGCCUUCUUAUUUUUAUUCAUUGUCAUUGUAUCGGCAAGAAACAUCGAUAGUUUAUCAAUUUAUGAAGACGGUAAUGAUAAUGAUCUGACACCGGACGCUUUUUUCUUAUCGAAAUCCAUAAAUAAUCGUGCUGAACGGUCACAAAUCAAUGACUAUGGACUCCAAUAUGGUCGAUAUCAUCUACCAUUUUAUAAAAAGCGUACCAUUCCAAUUGAAUUACAAAAGGCUCUGUAUGCUCAUGGAAUUGUCGGCCGACGACGUUAA